AUGAAACAGAUGCACGAGACUCAUAAAUUUUCCUCUCCUCCUGAGACUGGGUUGACUGUUGACAGUGGAGAAAUGUCUCCGAGCCUAGAAGUUUCCUCUGCUGGCGGGACAGUGAGAGUACAUAUAGCUGCUUCAAUGCUUCAUGGGACAAGAAUGAAGUUGAUACUGAUCAUGAACAUGAUUUCACUAGCCAGAAUGCCAGGAAUUGAUGUUGAGGCUCCAUCCAGGGCCUCCUCUGAAACUGUUCAAGGUGUAAAAGAUGAAGCUUGUGCGUAUCUUGUGCCAAAACUUGGCGUGGUGUUUGAAUCAGAAGACCAUGCCUAUAAAUGUUAUAAUAGAUAUCCUCUCGUGCUCUCAUGGAAGGAGUUUGCAACAUCAGUAACAGCUCAUCUAUUACCAUCACAAAAGAGAAUAUCUUUCGUCAAGGCCUUUGAAGCAGAAUCUGCUGAGAGACUAGAUUUUAGUUUUCGGAGGUAUUAUGUCAACAGUAGCAAAGUAGAUGUUACUGUGGCAUCUAGGAGAUAUAAUUGUUUUAGCGAUGGUUUUCAGCAGAAAGACGAAAGGGGCUUGAAGAACAUCACAAUCAUGAGCUGGUACGUUCAUGUGAAGUUCACAUGUUACGAUCUCAGAAGAGGUUUGCUACUAAUCAAGCUGUUGAAUCCAGUGCAUUGGAGCUCUAACUUGCAGCCAAAAUCAUUUGCCGAGUUGUUAUUAGGAGGAGCAAGGCAGUUUCAGUUAUGA